AUGAGUGCGGAAGUGUUGAUUCCCCUGCCCUCAGUAUUCCGUUAUGACAUCUCUUAUUUCCUUAAUAUUUCUGUGCUGAUUAAUGGUAUGAUAGUCCUCAGUCGUACAGGUUUACCAGCAAAGCGAUGUGCUACACUUAUUCUUAACCAUAUAGCACCUCUUUCUAUAUGUUCAUCAAAUAUCCAGCUGAGGCGCACAGCUCCCGAACGAAGAAGGAUAUCAUUAGAAUGCUCUAGUAGACGUUGUUUACAUUCUAGUCGGCCAUCUAGUAAAGAAGAUUACUACAAAACAUUGGGUGUUAAAAAAGAUGCUUCCGCUAAAGAGAUCAAAAAGGCCUAUUUCCAAUUAGCUAAAAAGUACCAUCCUGACGUGAAUAAAAGCAAGGAAGCUCAGGAAAAGUUCCAAGAGAUCUCCGAGGCAUACGAGGUUUUAAGUGACGACAAUAAGAGGCAAGAAUACGACACUUUCGGUUCAAGCACGUCACGUGCUGGAGGUGCAGGAGGACCAGGUGGCGAGUGGCAGUAUAAAGGAACCGUCGAUGUCAAUGAGAUAUUUCGUCGUGCUUUUGGUUUUGGCAGGGAUGGUGGAUUCAACUGGGAUUCGUUUGCCGACUCUCAAUUUGGUCAUUCUCAUGCACAAGAAAUGGUUAUGGACAUCUCUUUCGAAGAGGCAGUACGAGGUACUCAGAAGAACAUCUAUGUCAACGUAGUCGAAGAUUGCCUACGAUGCAAAGGCACACAAGUUGAGCCGGGCUACAAGAAGGUUUCUUGUCCAUACUGCAACGGCACAGGAAUGAUCUCACAGCGGCUUCAAGGAGGGUUUUUCUAUCAAGCAUCCUGCAAUCGUUGUGGUGGUUCAGGGCACUAUAACAAGAAUCCUUGCCAAGAAUGCGAGGGUCAUGGUCAAAGUGUCCAGCGGAGGCAGGUUUCAUUCAAUGUUCCUGCAGGCACGAAUGACAAGGAUCGCGUGCGUUUCCAGGUCGGAAAGAACCAAAUAUAUAUGAUGUUCAAUGUUGCUCCCUCGCUUAAAUUCCGUCGCGAUAAAGAUGACAUUCACUGUGAUGUCGAGAUCAACAUUGCCCAGGCUGUUCUAGGAGGCACUGUCAAAGUUCCAGGUAUAAUGGAAGAUACUUACGUGCAUAUACCACCAGGCACUAACAGUCAUACAAAAAUGAGGUUGUCUGGAAAAGGAGUGAAACGGUUGCAUGCUGUUGGAUACGGUGACCAGUACAUCCACAUCAAGGUUGUUGUUCCUAGCCAUCUAAGUGCAGAGCAGCGCGCGCUGAUGUUAGCCUGGGCUGCUACUGAAAAACCUAAAAGUGGGACGGUGAAGGGGCUCGAUGAGUAUAGUGCGAGGUCAUCUUCUGAGCAUAGACAACAAAAACAGGAAUCGAAAACUCAGAAUAGUGAAGAAGAUCAGUCACCAACGGCGAUCGAUAUUCGGAAAGUAGGAGGAACUCAAACUCACCAUUCGAAGGACUCCAGUGAAGAACGGCAUUCAAAGAAACAUUCUGCUUCUUCGUAA